AUGAUUUUAUCCGGCAACUUGAGCUCCGGCCAUUCUCAGUCGUUCGAAGACCUCAGGCAAGAUGCUAGGCCGUUCUCAACCUCCGUCCUUUAUGAGUUAUGGAGGCUGCCGGAGUUUGCCGCUGCCGCGAGCGAUGAUGGCGGAUUUCAGCUAAUGCCCGAACAGAUGGCAGUGGUAUUCACCGGACAAUCUUUCCUGGUGAAGUUUGUCAAUGGUUUCAUAGUGUUGCCUUGUGAAAUUUUUAUUGCUUUAGAUUCGAAUUCUGCGGCUGCACUUGUUUGUUUUAAUAUUAUUAAAGAGUUCCAGCAGUGCCAUAUUGAUCAUCCUCUUGGAAAAUUUUUUGGUCAAUGCACGGAUUUAAAAAUUAAGCUCGAUAGGUGUUUCCGUGAAGAAAAAGCUAUUAAGCGGAAGGCAAAUUUCGAAGAGAGCAAAAGGUUGAAAGAGAGAUUGAAGGCUCAAAGGAAGGAGAAUCUCGAGAUGAAAGAAGAAAAGAAUUUUGCACAAGGAUGA